AUGCCUGGUGUUCCUAAGGAUGCUCUUGACAACUUGAAGGCCAAGCUCAAGAAGAUCUUCAGCAAGAGCAAGAAGCCCAAGGCUGAGAAGAAGCCUGCCGAGGCUGACGCUUCGAAGACCGACGCUGCGGCUCCUGCUGCCGCCGCCGAAGCUCCCAAGGCCGACCAGCCCGCCGAGGCACCUGCUGCUCCUGCACAGACUGCUGCUACUACUGAGGCCCCGAAGGUAGAAGCUCCCGCCGAGGCCGCUGCCCCGGCUGCGCCCGCUGCUCCUGCAGCCGAAGCCCCCGCUGAGACCAAGGAGGAAGCCAAGCCUGCCCCCGCUGCCUAA